CACCGGCCGUUAACACAUCAAACUGAACUGCCCCACAAAAAUGUCCACCUCGUUCACCAUUACCGACGUCGAAUCGGACCUUGGUUGCCCCGGGGCUUCGUCCUACAUUAAAGUGCAACUCAACGAUCUAUCCGACUACCCGCUCGGUGUCGGAUCACUAGCACCGGUCCCCGUCGUAGUGCCGGCCAAGUAUCAAAGCUACGCCCAGCAAGUGCGAGACUUUCAAGUGUACGAGGAUGAUGUGUGGAUUAUCACCUUCCCUAAGUGUGGCACCACCUGGACGCAGGAGAUGGUCUGGCUGAUCGAUCACGAGCUGGACUAUGAAACGGCCCGAGCUGUCAGCAUCAACACUCGAUCGGUGUUUCUGGAGAUCGGUGCCAUUGCGGACGGCAUACCGGUGGACACGGUGAGCACCACGGCCGGCAUGAAACGUCCGCGGCAUAUUAAAUCCCAUCUGCCACUGCCGUUGCUGGCCCGUCAGCUGUGGACGGUGAAACCGAAGAUCGUGUACGUCACCCGAAACCCAAAAGACGUGGCCGUAUCCUAUCUGCACCACUACCAGAUGAUCAUGGGCUUUCGGGGCACGAAAGAAGCCUUUCUUAAUGGGCUCGUCGAGGAUCGGGUCAUGUUCUGUCCGCAGGUGCGCCACGCGCUCGAGUUUUGGCCCUUGAAAGAUUCCGCCCCGAACGUUCUCUUUCUGACGUACGAGUCCAUGAAACGGGAUCUGAGGGAUGUUCUGCUAAGGGUUAGCGAAUUUUUCGCUAAAUCCUACACCGAAGACCAGCUCAACAUGCUUGCAGAACAUUUAUCGUUCGAUCAGAUGAAAAAAAAUCCAUCCACCAACAACGAGCAGAUGGUGCGCGGCGCAAUGAAGAUGAACGGUCGGGAAGGCGAACACUUUGAAUUCAUGCGGAAAGGCAUUGUUGGGGACCAUCGUAACGAGCUGUCGGAAGAGUAUAUCGCCAAAUUUGAUCGUUUCCUAGAGAAACAGCUCGCCGGAAGCGAUUUCAAGUACGACGAGUGA